GGUGAGGACUGGAGGUUGAGCGGACAAGGUAGGCGGAGCCUGCGGGGUGGGGCCAGGCCAAAGGGCCUCUUACUAGGAGCUUCUCCAUUCUGUCAGCUCUCCGGCAACAUCCACGCCAAGACUGACACCCGUCGUGGCAGCGACUGACCGCACCCUGCCCGGGCACCAUGGAGUCCUUCAGCUCAAAGAGCCUGGCGCUGCAGGCGGAGAAGAAGCUGCUGAGUAAGAUGGCGGGUCGCUCUGUGGCUCAUCUCUUCAUCGAUGAGACAAGCAGUGAGGUGCUAGAUGAGCUCUAUCGUGUGUCCAAGGACUACACGCACAGCCGGCCCCAGGCCCAGCGGGUCAUCAAGGACCUGGUCAAGGUGGCUGUCAAGGUGGCUGUGCUGCACCGCAAUGGCUGCUUUGGCCCUGGGGAGCUGGCCCUGGCUACCCGGUUCCGGCAGAAGCUGCGGCAGGGCGCCAUGACAGCGCUUAGCUUUGGGGAGGUGGACUUCACCUUUGAGGCUGCCGUGCUGGCUGGUCUGCUCACUGAGUGCCGAGAUGUGCUGCUGGAGCUGGUGGGGCACCACCUCACCCCUAAGUCCCAUAGCCGCAUCCGCCACGUGUUCGAUCACUUCUCUGACCCAGGUCUGCUCACAGCUCUCUACGGGCCUGACUUCACUCAGCACCUUGGCAAGAUCUGUGACGGGCUCAGGAAGCUACUAGACGAGGGGAAGCUCUGAGCACCCGGGACCUAGCGCCUUCCACCAUGGCUGACCCGAACACAACACACCGAGGGCUUUCUUACCCUGCUCUAGGCACUAACGCUUCUCAACCCUCAGGCUUCAUUCUCUCCCAGGGGAGCCUCGCCUCUGAGACCACCCACACCCAAACUGCUGGAGAAGAUGCAGUGCUGGGGGGGGCCUAACUCCCACUCCAGCCCCAGCACAGGAAACAGCUGCCUGAAAAAAGUGAAGUGAAACUUGGAUCUUUAUUUCUCCCACAAGGGACAUCUGAAACAGGGAAGCCCCCUCCCCUUCAAACCAAAGGAGAAGGAACCCACAUAACCCCUCUGGGGACACUAAAGACAGAAAGGCAUCGGGUGGUGGCCCCUGGAGACACCCCAGCCCUCCAGCUCUAGGCAGAGCAUGGACACAUACCAGAGGCUCUGUCCCAGGGUGCAGGAAGAAGGGUUAGGGCAGGGGGAGAGUCUCACAGGGAAAAUAAAACUACUGAAGCAUG